AACACACACAUGAAAGUGACAAGGAGCCGUCAAAGUUGAACAUUGGCAUAAAGGAGGUCUGAUACCAAUGGCGUCAAAGUUGAACAGUGACAAGGAGCCGUCAAAGUUGAACAUUCGAUAAUGAUGUAAAGGAGGUCUGACACCAAUGGCGUUUGCUGGCUCUGUUUAGUGUUUUUUUCACUCUCUCCCCCCCUCAUUCGGACUGUAUGCUAUAAGAGAUCAAGCCCAGAUCGAAAAACAUUGCAUGUGAGAGUAAAAAAGUAGGCAUGAAAACAGAUACCAAGCCGCCUCCUCUUAUCCUUAACAUUCUCUUGCUCUUCUUGCUUUUACAGAGCAUCACAGCAUCACCAGCGACUCAAGCAGAAGCUCUUGUCAAAUGGAGAAACAGCCUCUCAGUUCCUCCUCCUUUCACUUCAUGGUCCCUCACCAACCUCAACAACCUCUGCAAUUGGACAAGCAUUGUCUGCGACUCAUCGGAAACUGUCUCAGAGAUAAACCUCUCCAGCACCAACCUCAAUGGAACCCUUCUCCAAUUCAAUUUCACUCCAUUUCUUAACCUCACACGCUUUGAUCUCAGCAACAACAAUCUCAGUGGAUCAAUACCACCCGCCAUUGGAAACCUCUCCAAGCUCACUUACUUGGACUUGGGCCUCAACUACUUCGACAACAAAAUACCUCCAGAGAUAGGCCGCUUAACGGAGCUUCGGUACCUAAGUUUCUUCAGCAACUAUCUGAAUGGUUCAGUCCCUUAUCAGUUGAACAAUCUUCAAAAGGUAUGGUACUUAGACCUUGGUUCAAACUACUUAGUCGAUCCUGACUGGUCCAGAUUUUCGGCCAUGCCUUUGUUGACCCAUCUUAGCUUUUCUUUCAAUGAAAUCCAUUCCGGAUUCCCGGGAUAUAUAAUUGAUUGUCAGAACUUGACGUUCUUGGACUUAUCCCUGAAUAAGUUCAAUGGAUCAAUACCAGAAAUGCUAUUUUCCAAUCUGGGCAAGCUCGAAUACCUUAAUCUCACUGAUAAUUUAUUCCAAGGGCCACUGUCACCAAACUUUCCCCAGCUUUCCAAGGUCAAACAUCUUCUUCUAGGACGAAACCAGUUCAGCGGUCUCAUCCCUGAAGAUAUCGGUUCGAUGUCGAAACUGCAAAUUAUAGAAUUGUACAAUAAUUUAUUGGAAGGGACAAUUCCUUCUUCAAUAGGCCAGCUCAGGGAGCUCAGGGAGCUUCGUCUUGGAAUCAAUGCCUUGAAUUCUUCUAUACCUUUUGAGCUUGGUUUUUGUACAAACCUCACCGUCUUAGCACUGGCCAUAAAUUCAUUGACUGGUGAAUUGCCUUUAUCCUUGACAAACUUGACAGGCAUUACCGAUUUGGGUUUAUCUGAUAAUUCGCUUUCUGGUGAGAUCUCACCUUAUUUUCUAUCCAGUUGGACCGAGCUGAUCUCGUUGCAGAUUCAGAACAAUAAUUUCACUGGAGAAAUUCAUCCACAAAUAGGCCUAUUGACCAACCUCAACUACCUUUAUCUGUAUAAGAAUAAACUCUCUGGCUCAAUUCCCUCGGAGAUUGGGAACUUGAAAGAUUUAGUGGAGUUGGACCUCUCAACAAACCAGUUCUCCGGUCCCAUUCCUCUAACAUUGUGGAGCCUCACAAAUCUUAAAAAGUUGCAGCUUUUCGAAAAUAAUCUAAGUGGCACAAUAUUACCGGAGAUUGGAAAUAUGACAUUGCUGGAAACUAUUGAUCUCAGUGCUAACCAAAUCUCUGGGGAGUUGCCGGACACCAUUUCUGGCCUCAUUAGUUUACGGUCGAUCUCUCUUUUCACCAACAACUUCUCGGGCACUAUUCCAAGUGACUUUGGGAAGUAUAGUAAAUUUUUGGCCAGUGUCAGUUUUUCCAACAACAGCUUCUCUGGAGACCUACCACCUGAAUUGUGUAGCGGCUUUGCUCUUCAUGAUAUCACCGUGAAUGACAACAACUUCACCGGGCCAAUGCCUGAGUGCUUCAAAAAUUGUAAACAACUAAGUAGAGCACGUUUUGAACGGAACCAAUUCAAUGGAGACAUUACAAAUGCGUUUGGAGUUUCUCCAAAUCUUUCUUUCAUUGGGCUUAGUGACAAUCAGUUUAUCGGUCAAAUCUCCCCAGAAUGGGGAGAAUUUACAUCUCUCUCUAAUUUACAGAUUGACAGAAACAGAAUUUCAGGCAAGAUCCCAGUUGAGCUUGCGAAGUUGACUAAAUUGCAAAUUUUAAGUCUGAGCUCCAACAACUUGUCCGGGGAAGUUCCAAGUGAACUGAGAAAUCUAAGUCUGCUAUACAUGCUCAAUCUGAGCAGGAAUGAUUUGACAGGAGAGAUUCCUCGAAGUUUUGGAAAUUUGAGUGAGCUUAAGGAACUUGAUUUGUCUGAGAACAAAUUGAGUGGGAACAUACCCAGAGAGCUUGCUAAUUGUGAAAAAUUAUUGAGCUUGGACCUCAGCAACAACAACCUAUCAGGUGAAAUACCACCUGAGCUUGGUAACUUAAUUUCAUUGCAGUACUUGUUGGACCUUAGCAGCAAUUCACUCUCAGGAACAAUCCCUCAAAACCUUGCAAAGCUUUUGACAUUGGAGAGUCUUAAUGUUUCACAUAACCAACUCUCAGGGGAAAUCCCAGCAUCAUUCUCCAACAUGAUUAGUCUACGCAACAGCUCCAUAGAUUUUUCUUACAAUAAGCUAGCAGGUCAGAUCCCAACAAGUAAAGUUUUUGAAGAAGCACCCGCAAAAGCUUAUGUUGGAAACUCAGGCUUGUGUGGAAAUGCAGAAGGGUUGGAUUCCUGUUACGCAGACUCCAAAAAGAAAAAGGAUUCUAAGAUGGUUCUACUAGUUGUCCUCAUUCCGGUAUGUGGCCUGUUAUUUCUUGCUACAAUAGUUGUCUUACUCAUAAUAUGUUACCGGAAAACCAAACUCCUUGAUGAUGAAAGCAAAAGAGUUGAAGACUUUGAUGAGAAGGCGGAGUCUAUGAUAUGGGAAAAAGAAGGUAAAUUCACAUUCCAAGAUAUUGUGAAGGCCACAGAGGACUUCAACGACAAGUACUGCAUUGGAAAAGGUGGAUUUGGAAGCGUUUACAAAGCAGCAUUGUCAACCGGUCAAAUUGUUGCAGUUAAAAGGCUUAACAUGUCAGACUCUAGUGACAUUCCAGCAGCCAAUCGCCAGACUUUUGAGAACGAGAUUCGCAUGUUAACUGAAGUUAGGCACCGGAAUAUCAUCAAGCUUUACGGGUUCUGUUCCAUUAGAGGGUGCAUGUACUUGGUUUACGAAUAUGUGGAGAGAGGCAGCUUAGGAAAUGUGUUGUAUGGGGUGGAAGGGAAAGUGGAGCUUGAUUGGGUUACCAGGGUGAAAAUUGUGCGGGGUGUGGCUCAUGCAGUUUCUUACCUGCACCAUGAUUGCUCUCCACCAAUUGUGCACCGAGACAUAACUGUGAAUAACAUAUUACUUGAGUCAGAGUUCGAACCAAGGCUCGCAGAUUUUGGCAUUGCAAGAUUGCUAAACCCAGAUACAACUAACUGGACAACAAUUGCCGGGUCUUAUGGUUACAUGGCUCCAGAGCUUGCUCUCACCAUGCGAGUAACGGAUAAAUGCGAUGUUUAUAGCUUCGGAGUGGUGGCAUUAGAAGUUAUGAUGGGAAGGCACCCAAGGGAGGUCCUAGCUUCCCUGUCAUCAUCCCAACCAGUUUCAGACGACACAGAAUUUUUGUUGAAGGAUGUGCUGGACCAAGGACUCCCAACACCAACAGGCAAAAUAGCAGAGGCUGUAGUGUUUGUAGUGACCAGAGCUUUACUAUGUGUGCGUGACAAUCCAGAUUCACGGCCUCCCAUGCGUUUUGUGGAACAAGAACUGUCAGGUCGAAUACAAGCUUGCAUUUCUGACCCUUUUGACACCAUCACCAUUAGCAAGCUUACCAGCCUUGAAGAAAUAAACCGAAGUGGCAUUAAAGGGUAGCUAUGGUUUAGGUUUGCAGAGCUAUAGCCAGGCCAUGGAUUAAUUGUACAACAUUUUUCUUUCCAUUCUAAGUAGCACUAGUGAAUGCGAUUACUGAACCUUGAGGUUAAGGCCACAAGUAUAAUGCCACUUUUUUCCUUCUUUCUUUUUUCCAAUCUGUUUCAGUUCCAGAAUCCAAAGACUUUUGUGAUAGUUUCACAUGCA